AAGAGGGUGUGUACGUGUUUUCUGUCAGAGCUGAUAUAAAUAAAUUAAUAAUCAAAAUGGUGAAAGUAGAUGUUAAAUAUACAAAGCUAUUUAUUAAUAAUGAGUGGGUAGAAGCAGUCAGUAAGAAAACUUUCUCGACCAUCAAUCCUCAGGAUGAAACUGUCAUUGCUAAUGUCGCUGAAGGAGAUAAGGCUGACGUCGAUAAAGCGGUAGCAGCAGCCAAAAAAGCGUUCCACCGGCACUCACCAUGGCGUACUUUGGAUGCGUCUCAACGUGGUGUCCUAAUGCUUAAAUUGGCGGAUCUCAUUGAGUCGCAAGCUAGAUAUCUAGCAGAACUUGAGACAUUGGAUUGUGGAAAGCCGAUAAAAGACGCAGAAGAUGAAGUUUACUUUUCUGCGACAGUUCUAAGAUACUAUGCUGGGAAAGCCGACAAAAUUUUAGGAAAUACUAUACCUGCAGAUGGUGAAGUUCUAUCUUUUACGUUGAAAGAACCUGUGGGUGUUUGUGGACAAAUUAUACCAUGGAACUAUCCCAUUCCAAUGAUGACAUGGAAGAUUGCUCCAGCUUUAGCUGCAGGUUGCACAGUGAUCGUAAAGCCCGCUGAACAGACUCCUCUCACAGCCCUAGCAAUAGCUGCUCUAAUCAAAGAAGCCGGGUUUCCCCCCGGUGUCGUGAAUGUCGUACCGGGCUAUGGGCCUACAGCCGGUGCAGCUCUAACACACCAUCCUGAUGUUGAUAAAGUGGCGUUCACUGGAUCUACUGAGGUGGGCCGUAUUAUUUUGGGAGCAGCUUCAGCAGUAAAUCUGAAGCGAGUGACUUUGGAGCUUGGUGGAAAAAGUCCUUUAGUGGUUUUCAAUGAUGCUGAUGUGGAAAAAGCAGCUCAAAUAGCUCACGCGGCUGCUUUCGCAAAUGGCGGUCAGUGUUGUUGUGCUGGUACCAGAACAUACGUGCAGUCCGGCAUAUAUGACCAAUUCAUUACGAAGGCAGCUGAAAUCGCUCAGAAGAGAUCUGUUGGAAAUCCCUUCGAGAAUGUUCAGCAGGGACCUCAGAUCGACAAAGAGAUGUACGAAAAGGUACUUGGUUAUAUAGAAGCAGGUAAACAAGGUGGAGCAAGGUGUCUUGCUGGAGGAGACAAACUUGGAAGCAAGGGAUACUACAUCAAGCCCACUGUAUUCGCUGAUGUAAAGGAUGACAUGAAAAUAGCUAGAGAAGAGAUAUUCGGCCCCGUACAAAGUAUCUUUAAAUUCGAUACUUUCGAGGAAGUCAUUGAUCGCGCCAAUGACACAAACUAUGGACUUGGGGCUGGUGUCAUUACGAAUGAUAUCACUAAAGCAUUAAGUUUCGCUAAGCAUAUUAAAUCUGGAUCCGUUUGGAUCAAUACAUACGACCAUGUGACAAGUCAAACACCAUUCGGUGGCUUCAAGGACUCCGGCCUUGGCAGAGAGUUAGGAGAGGAUGGUAUUGCCCAAUAUUUGGAAACGAAGACUGUAACAUUGGCUCUACCCAAAGGACCACAACUCUAAGUGACGUUUGCCAUAUACAGGUCCUGAUAUUUAUAGGUAUUAAUAACCAAAUUUUAUGUGCCAGUUUAUAUACUUUAUACUUUUUUUUUACUAUACUCAUACAUACAUAAAUUACAGUAAUGUAACUGUUGUUAAAUAAAAUUUAUAUCUUAAUA